AUGGCAGAUUCCGACGCCCACACUCCCUCCCCUGCUCCCAGCAUCGGUCCUCGCAUCGGUCCUCGCACCCCCCCCACUAGCCAACGCCGCCCUAUCACUGUUGGUAAGACGCAACGCCAACGACGCUUCAAGCCUGGCGUGGCUGCUCUCCGAGAGAUCCGGAAGAUACAGCAAUCGACGAGGUUCUGCCUCCAGAAGACCCCCUUCCAGCGACUGGUCCGAGAGGUUACCCAGAACACCAAGCAUGCCGAGCAUGAAGGCGGCCUUCGUAUUCAAGCAAGCGCAUUAGAGGCGCUCCAGGCUGCGUCUGAGGAUUUAUUGACGUCUGUUUUUGAGAUGUCGAACUUGGCUGCUAUCCAUGCCAAACGUGUCACCAUCCAGCAAAAGGAUAUGGUCCUGGUGAAGAAUAUCCUCACGAUAGGAGACCACCUUGGUACAGCCUAG